AGCGCGUACUACCAGUUAAAGAGUAAAUCAUGGCUGCUCAAGAAGUCGAUGCGGAUUCGGGAUCUGAAUUCGAUGACGAUAUGACGUUCCAGUUUUAUCGAGAUCGUCCUGAGUGGAGUGAUAUUAAACCAGUUCCUCAAGACGAUGGACCCAACCCUGUAGUCCGUAUUGCGUACUCAGAAAGAUUUCAGGAUGUAUUUGACUAUUUACGAGCUGUACUGAAGGCAGAUGAACGCAGUGAUAGAGCACUGGACCUCACCAAAGACGCUGUGGAACUCAAUGCAGCUAAUUAUACUGUCUGGCACUACAGGAGAGUGUUAUUGCAAUCACUGAAGAAAGAUUUACGCGAGGAAAUGAAAUACAUCUCAGAAGUAAUCUCAGAUCAUCCAAAGAAUUACCAAGUCUGGCACCACAGGAGAGCGAUAGUGGAAUGGCUCCAAGACCCCUCCGACGAGUUGGACUUCACCGAAUCCAUCCUCGAGAAGGACUCCAAGAACUAUCACGCUUGGUCUCACCGCCAGUGGGUCCUGCAGACUUUCAAGGUGUGGGACGGGGAGCUGGACUACGUGCAUAGACUGCUCCAGGAUGACCUCCGCAACAAUUCUGCCUGGAAUCAGAGGUACUUUGUCAUCAGCAACACGACAGGGUUCGGUGAUGAGAGUGUCGUAGACAGAGAGGUCAAGUAUGCAAUCGAGUUCAUCAAGAAGGCUCCGAAUAAUGAGAGUUCAUGGAGUUACCUCAAAGGGGUGUUAGCAUUGAGAGACAUCUCAAGCAUUCCUGGACUGAUGCAAGCCUGUCAGGAUAUGUACGACGAGAACAUCAGGUCACCAUUCCUUCUGGCCUUCAUGGUUGAUAUAUAUGAAGACCAAUUAGAAUCCAAGACUCCCCCAGAAGAUACACUAUUCAAAGCUACCCAGUUAUGUGAUGUCCUAAUCCAAGUUGAUGCUAUCAGGCUGAAAUACUGGGAAUACAUCAAGAGAUCCCUGACACUUCGCUUUGGAAAACAAGGAGAAGCAUGAACUUUUGACGCUUUAAAGUAAAAACCCUGCAUAUAUUUGUUUUGCUGUAAAGAAACGUGCAAGGAAACGCUGGAUAUGUUUCUUCAGAAUGCUUUUGGCUUGAGAUCAUGUUAAGGAUGAGUUUGGAGAGGGGAUGUUUAUAAAAGCCUCAUUUACUGUUCUCUAACAAAGACCCUUCAUACUCUAUCAUUCCAAAGUCUUUGAUGGAUAAUUUGCCAGUGUGAAUGAUCUUCUCGUAUUUAGAAUAUAUUCAGUGCGCUGGUCUGGGCCCAUUCAGACUAAAUGGAUAAAACACUGGUUGAUACGGCUGUUCUACGAGAUUGGUACACUUCACAUUCAGAUAUCUGUGUUUCAGUUGUGCUAAAAAAUUAGUGAACCCAGUCACAAAAUGCACUCCGUCAUGCUGAGCGUAUAAUGUAGACAACAACAACACAAUAAUGUUUGGCAAGGCCAGAAAAACUAACUUUAUUGAAUGUAAUGUUUUAUCACCUGACUUCACAAUUAAAUAUCUGAAAAUAUGGCAGAACUUGAACACUUUGAAUAUGUUCAUUUUCUGGUGGGAUUCACCAACUUAUGAGCACCAUUCUGCCAUACUUUGGCAAAAGGAAGCAAGUUACAAAAGUAUCUUUCGUUGUAAAUGAGCAAUGUGUGUUCGUCAUUUACAUCGGCAUCAGUGCAUAUCAGCAUAUUUUCUUCAAUAUCUUUCCAUAGAACGAUCAUUUCUCCCCCCAAAUUUUGCCUGAACGUGCAACAUACAAAGGGUGUUUCAGAAACAACAAUAACUAAAAUUUGACUGAUGUGUCACUUGCUUCCUUUUGCCAAAGUUGGGCACCAUUGUAUGUGUGUUUUAUCAGUGUGCUUCCAGAGUUUGUUUUUGUUUGUAUCCAUCUGGUGACUCUGGACUACUAAGAGAUGGUCUAAUGUAAUCGUCUAACACCAUCAGGGCUAAAACCCAUUUAGUCUACCAUCAGUUUGGUCCAACGACCGUUUGGUCCAAUCAUUGCUUGGUCUAAUACUCACUUGGUCUCACUGUAGUUUUGUCUAAUGCUAGGGUUGCAAAGGGCUAGAAACUUUCGGUAAAUUUUGGAAAAUUUCGGGAAAUUUCAACUGCCGGGGAAAUUUGGGAAAAUAAUGAAUAAAAUAAUAAUAAUACUAAUAACAACAAUGUUAUAAUUAUUAUUAAUAAUGAUUCUCAUCUGCAAAAAGAUCAGAAUAUCCAAAUAGGCAUCAUUCCAUGAACAAUGUAUAUCCCUUGUGUAAAGCAUUUGCAGUGUACAUGUACUGCCAUCGUACAUACCAUUCAGCCACUAAUACAGUAAAUCAACUUUUACAUGAAAUUCUGCCUUGUCUGACUGUCUUAGCAUAAAAUUUGGCUUGAAACUUGCUGACAAAGCACAAUCAAGCAUCAUCUACCAGGGUAAUCCUUUGAAUUCCUGUAUAUAAAUAUAAGAAAAUCGCUACUUUUUGAAAAUUCCUGAAAAUCGCUACUUUUUGAAAAUUCCUGAAAAUCGCCAAAAAUUACCAAUAAAUUCCCCAAAUUCCCAAUAAAUUCCUGUUUAUUUCCAUGGAAAGUUUCCACCGCGAAAAUUCCCGGUAAUUUUGCAACCCUGACUAAUGCCCAGGCGGUCCAAUUUCCUCUAUGUCUACUCGUUAUUUUGCUCUUUGAUGAAUGAAAAUGUGAUAAACAUUUCAUCUAAUUAUAUCGACCAAUGUAGUGUCGCAAGAAACUUGCGAUCAAUUGAGAGUCGAUUUCAGGUGCCCAUAUCAAUCGCAAGUCUUUCAAUUAACUGCAAAUUUGUAAUUGAUUGAUGGUUUACUUCUUGUAUCAACAUGUAUAAAUCAGUUUGCUUCAGUUUGUAAUUGAUUGCAUCCCUUGUGACUUUACAACUGUAAUUUGCAAUUGAUUGCAAAUGUUUUAUUGCAAUACCCCCUAAGUGAUGUUAGACCAAGUACAUAUUAGAUGCAGUAGGUUAAGCCUGACUGGAAAUUGGACAAAACAAUGAAUGGGCUAAAUGGUUAUUAGACCAAAUGGUUUAUAGUGAAACAAGGGGUUGUUAAUGACCUAGGAUUAGACCAUGUGGGAUUAGACCAAAUGGAACGUUGACAAAGUGGGUGUAGACCAAGUGGCUAUUCACUGUUUCGUCUUGCCAUUUCAACGCAAUAUUUGCCUCUAAGUAAUCUUUACACCCAGCACUCCUUGAGAACCAGUAUACCUUCUGACUGUAAAGAUCACAAUCAUUGGCUUCCCGCAAGAAGGGACUUACAAGGGGUAAUUGUAACGAUUAUUCUUUUUAUUUCGCAUAUUGAAAGAGUACAUUGUAUGCUAACCAAGGAUGCAAAAUUAUUACAAAAUUUCAAGUAAACUCAAAAUAUAAGGAAAUUUAAAAGGACAUGACCAAAAAAAAAAAUAAUCGUAAAAAUUACCCCUAAGUCCCUUCUUGCGGGAAGCCAACAAAUUUCUGUUUUUUUUAAAUGAUGUUCCUCAUUUGAGAUGGCUGAGGAACGUUUGUUAUAAGCUAGUGAAAUCCUUGCAUCUGAUUGGCUCAGAGCCAGUUUGUCAGUGCAUAUCAUCGACAAGAUUCUUGAUGAAACACUCCCCGAGAAAGGGAACUGCCUGUAAAAACAGCCGCCAUGCCUACAUGUAUGUAUAAUGUCCUGAUAGGUUGUACUGGUCAAUGUUUUAUUGGAUUUAUUUUUGAGUGGUAAAUCAUGUUGUGUCUGCCAAAGACUAAAUGAAGCAAUGCAUAUUAAAUGCACCUCUG